AUGGGAAACUUGGUACUACGAGUAUCCUGCUGCAUCAUUGCCUUGAUUCCCACAACCGAAGCGCUCGCUUGCAAUGCUGGAGCGUAUUUUGAUGGAGCCAAGUGUUUACCGUGUCCAGGAGGCACGUUUGGUGCCGUACCGGGCCUCGCCUCCUCGUCGUGCUCUGGGUUGUGCACCGCUGGGUUUUUCUGCCCAAAAGGGUCGACUUCAUCUCGAGAAAAGCUUUGCGGUGCUUCUACCUUUUACUGUCCCUCGGGUAGUGCAGAACGGCAUCCCGUGGAUGAAGGAUACUACACAGUCACUUUUCCUACCGAUCAGUCUGACUUGCCUUCGAGUGCUGGAGAGCAAAUACGCUGCGACAAAGGAUACUAUUGUGUGCUCGGGACCCGGAGAGCUUGCCCUGCCGGUGUGUUUGGAGAGUCAACAAGAGUCACUACGCCAGAAUGUUCAGCUUCAUGUCCCAAAGGCUCUUACUGCCCGGAAGCUACAGUCGUGCCAAUCCCGUGUCCUCCUGGAACCUACGGUGGCGAAAUUGGUCUAACGAGUGCUCAGUGCAGUGGCCUCUGUCCAAUUGGUCACUACUGUACAAUUGGGACGAUCACUCCAGAGCCGUGUCCUUCAGGGACUUAUGGGGCGACACCAGGUCUCAUCAGCUCAGCGUGCUCAAGUACAUGCUCUACAGUCAAUAAAGUGCUAUCGUGUCUUCCAUCACCCUGUCCAGCAGGAUACUACUGCGCGCUCGCGACUACAGUGCCACAAGAGUGUGGGUCAGUUGAGAAGUUUUGCCCUACAGGUUCGUCAGCGCCUACUACUGCUGCACCUGGCUACUAUACCACUUGGAAAGCGUACACUGGGACAUCCGUCACCGGCGAACAGCUAGCACUGCAGUACGUUGAAGGGAACUCGCUUGCCAUUCGAAACCAAACAACAAGAUCAAACCAACAUAUCUGCGAAAAAGGUUCGUAUUGCAGUGGCGGUGUCAAAAGACUUUGCCCAGCAGGAACCUAUGGCGCAACUGAUGGCUUGUCGACGGCUACAUGCACUGCUCUAUGUCCUGCUGGCUUCUACUGUCCGUCAGGCACAGCAGACUUUAGCCAGCACCCAUGCACACUACGAUCUUCCUUUUGUCGCCAAGGUUCUUCUGUACCAACCGCUGUCGACUCCGGGUACUUCACUGUAGCAACACAAACAGGACUUCGAAGCGACGAAACCAUUUGUCCACCGGGAAGCUUUUGCGUCGGCGGGGUCCAGUAUCUUUGUCCUGAAGGCACAUUUGGAGCCACUUUCGGUCUUGCAUCCAAAACCACAGCAAUCGCCGUGUCCGGCGGGGUCAUACUCUCGAAAUGGCAAGUUCUGUGCACCUUGCUCUCCCGGUUACUGGUGCGACGCUGGGUCCCCAGAUCCUCAGCAACACGCAUGCGGUGCUGA